AUUAAUUUAUAUCUACGAAUGGCGGCAAGUCCGCUCAACAUAUCCACGCCCUCAUCGGCCUCGGUCGCCACGAGACCCAUACAACAAUUGCCUGCUCCUUGCACCUUAAGACGAACCUGCAUACAUAGUUGUGGACCCUCAACAUCAAAAUACUGUGGGAUUGCCACUGCCGGAUCUCGGGAGAAUGGAGCACAGCAUGGCUUGCAGUUGCCGCAGGCACAUUUCACGCAGCGGCGAGUGCGCGGGGGCCUGCUUAUCUCACAAGCAGGCCCAGCAGGAGGCAUGGGAGGCCACGGGGGUGGAUUAGGGGAACCGGUCGACAACUUGGCCAAACGCAUCCUGGUCGGACUAGCAGUCGUGUACAUAGCUCUCGUUGUACUGGUGCCAUUCUUCAAUGUGUUUUUCCAGGCUUUCGCAAAGGGGAUCGUACCUUUCCUAGAGCAUUGCCUUGACCCAGAUUUCCUCCACGCGUUGAAAAUGACACUGCUGCUGGCCUUCGUAACUGUGCCCCUGAACACGGUGUUUGGGACUGUGGCCGCCAUUAACCUGACACGCAACGAAUUUCCCGGGAAGGUAUUCUUGAUGUCACUUUUGGAUCUGCCGUUUUCCAUCUCGCCCGUCGUGACGGGCCUGAUGCUGACGCUGCUGUACGGCCGUACGGGCUGGUUUGCAGCGUUGCUCCGGGAGACAGGCAUCAGUGUGGUGUUUGCGUUCACCGGAAUGGCCCUGGCCACCAUGUUUGUCACCCUGCCGUUCGUGGUCCGGGAGCUCAUCCCAAUCCUCGAGAACAUGGAUUUGAGCCAGGAGGAGGCGGCACGGACGUUGGGCGCGAAUGAUUGGCAGGUGUUUUGGAAUGUCACCCUGCCCAACAUCCGCUGGGGUCUGCUUUACGGCGUCAUCUUGUGUAAUGCACGUGCCAUGGGCGAGUUUGGCGCUGUAUCCGUUAUAUCCGGCAACAUUAUUGGCAAGACCCAGACGCUGACGCUGUUUGUCGAGAGCGCCUACAAGGAAUACAACACGGAGGCGGCGUUUGCCGCUGCGGUACUGCUCAGCGUGCUCGCGCUCGGCACGCUGUUUAUUAAGGAGAAGGUCGAGCAGGCGGCAGCGGCUGAGUCGCGCAAGUAGAGGGAUUGAAACGAACGGGGAAGGAGGAAUCUGUCCUCCCUCCCUCUUUUCGCCCGUCAACGUGGCUCGGCUUCCAAACGCCUCGGUUGUGUGUAAUGCGAGGGCAGCGGAUAGACACGGGUAGGCAUGGAGUAGGAAGGGAUGGAUAAGGGAUGGAUAAGGUGCUGAUGUCGUAGGUAGGUGUCGAUUGGGUGAAAUUCCCAAGUCGUGGGUGGUUUCGGAGGGCAGCCGACAUCUGCGACUGUGAACUCGUAAAUUAAUAAAGAAGCGGGGCAAAGGAGCGUGCAUAAGCGCGCGUAGUGAAAGAAGGCGGGCAGAGUGGUGUGGGAAUGAAGGGAGAAGGUGAAAUUGUAGAAAGGAGCAGAAGAGCAGCACGCUUUAGAUUUCCAGCGGCGCGCAGAAAAUUUUUAACGAGUUGAAAAUGGGUUAUAGACGUGGCUUGAUGGCGAGCGAAGGACAAGAAUUAAUCCUCAAAAGUGUACGUAAGGCUCUCCAUGGCUAAAGAUUUGUUUUAAAGGGAUUUGUGAACACUGCGAAAUCGCGGAGUGAUGACGACGGGACUGUGUGGGUUGGAUGUGGUCGUCUAAACACCCGACUAAGCCCGGAACCACCCCACACCAGGACGCCAGGAUGGGGCGCCGCUUUGCACCCCUCUGGCCUAAACAAUGGCAUCAACAUGAUACCUC